GUGGCGGCGGGUGGGGGCCAACCUAUGAAGGCGAUGUUCUCCCGCACCUUCCACUCCCCCACUAGGCUAUUUACAAUGGCAUUUGAGAAUUUUGAAAGGUUUGGAUGGCCUCUGAGCACCCCUGAAACCUGCCUGUUGCUUGUGCUGGGGAUCAGCUUGUUGCUGCAUAUGGUUUACCCAUGGCCACGCCACCCUGAGAACACCCGAUCUUGUCCAAUCUCGGAAGCUAAGCAGAGUCAGGCUCAGGUCUUGUCUAAGGCUAAACAACUGUCUACGAAUACCACCAAGAGAUGUUCCCUGAGACUGGACAGUCAUGAGUGGCAGGGUGUGUGGUAUCAUAUGGGCAAGUACUUAAGCCAGCUGGCCCCUCCUGUGCAUUGGAACUUCACUGCUGAACAACUGGAAAACCCAGAAAAAUUAGUAGAACACUUAAACAAGGUGUGCUGUCAUCCCAGCAAUACCAGAGAGGAACAAAUCACUGCAACAUGCUGGGGCUUGGCCUGCGCCUACAGAGCUCUGAUCUGUAAGGUGCAGGAAAGAGAUGUCUCUGGAUCUGAUGACAAAGCAACAGACAACACGGCUGCUCCAUCCCCAGCAAUCAUUCCAACCCCACUGAAAGACACUGCAGCCACUGCAACCACACUGAAAGACACUGCAGACACUCCAACCCCACUGAAAAACACUACAGCCACUCAAACGCCAGUAGAAGGCACUGCAGCUGAAUCAAAGGACCAAUCCAUGCUAGCACCAUUUGCCUCUAUAAUCAGGAGGAGAUGCAAACAAAAAGCAACUCAUGUAGUGAUGGAAGAUGAAGAGUUAAUGCCAUUUCUAGAGGGGGCAACAUCUGAACAAGAAGAAGAUGAGGAAGAUGAAGAUGAGGAAGACGAGGAAGACGAGACUUUUCAACCCCUAUCAUUGACUGAGUUGCAGAAUAUGCAAAAAAAUUUCACCCGUCUUCCAGGUGAGCAAAUCAUCCCCUGGUUGCUCCGAUGCUGGGACAAUGGGGCUGACAUUUACAAACUAGAAGGUCUGGACGCCAGAAUCCUGGGAUCACUUGCUAGGGAAGGGGGAAUUGACAGAGCAAUUGCAAAAGAGGAACGAGUUCUCAGCCUUUGGAGGCGGCUCUUGGCAGCUGUGAAGGAAAGGUAUCCCUACAAGGACGAUGUUCUACAUCACCCAGUCAAGUGGGCCACCAUAGAGAAAGGCCUCCAGUACCUGAGGGAAUUAGCCAUUCUAGAGGUGAUCUAUCAUAAGCUGGAUGCCACGAAUGCAUCCAUAGAUCCAGAUGAAGUCAAAUGUACACGACCCAUGUGGCGGAAAUUUACACGGAGUGCGCCCCCAUCAUAUGCCAUCUCAUUGGCACUGGUCUGUUGGAGGAAUGGAGAGGCACCAACAGUGGAUGAAGUGUGUUGUCAAUUAGGCAACUAAAAAAGUUAGAUGAAACCACUUGUAGUUAACUGUCCUUGACUAUAUUCAGUGUGCAAGAUAGUUUGGAAAAACAAAGAAAUUGCGGUAUCUGGUCUUUUUAAAUGCUGAUGGUACAGCCUGUUAGAGGUUAUCUUCUAAGUAAAAUACUAUCAACUUAAUAUUCAAAAUUCAUGCACCAAAAUUCAAUUAUAUUUCACUGACAGAAGGAACCAAAGGAAAACAGUUUUGUUAGGCUGAAAUAAGGUGCUGUCACCAGCUCUACUGUGUUUGCAAAGUGACAUGAAACGACUCAGUAGGAUAAAAAACUGCACAUGGGGGCUCAGAACCAGAAUUAGCAGCUGUAGGUAGCAGGUUGUGGUUCCCAGCAGAUCUGUGCACUGCGGAUCACCCAGCAAGGCAAAGUUGAACACACAACAGCACUUUGAGAAACCAGAGUUGGUAUUACAUAUUUAAACCAGCUGCAGGAGGACAGAAAAUACCUAAUGACUGACACAUCAACAUUGUCUGAACAAACCUGAACUGGUGGAACAAGUACGUAGCAGACUGACACCUGCAAUAAGCAGCUGCAACACAGUUCAACAUGCCAUCAGAGCCCUAAUAGAAUCAUAGAAUAGCAAUUCUUCUGUAUUACUGAAUUAUGCCUCUGGUCUCACUCCAACAACCAGGUUAUGGAGGCCUACCCUUCCACUGUCUCUCCCCUGAAAAGCAAAGGGUGUGUGGAGUAGACACAUAACAAUAAAGGUUUCAAUGCUUAUAUCAA